AUGGAAUCAAGACGUGGUAGGCCACCAAAAGAAAAGAAAGGACUUUUUGCUAAAGACUUGAGUCAACUAAUGUAUGGUUUUGGAGAUGUUCCUAAUCCUGCACCAGAUACUGUAAAUGUUCUUGAGGAAAUGUGUAUAAAAGCAUCACAAGUAGCCGGUUCACGAAACAAAGUACGAGUUGAAGAUUUCAAGUUCAUUCUUCGCAAUGAUCCAAAGAAACUUGCACGUGUCGAAGAACUCUUAUAUAUGAGUGAGGAUAUAAAGAAGGCACGGCAAUCUUUUGAUCCGAGGGAAAUGGAAGUCGCUAAAGGUGCAGGAGGAGGGGGAGAAGGCAGCUCGAAAUUUGAAUUCUAA